AUGUUCACUACCGCGUCCCGGCGGGCCAGCGCCGUGGCCCCGAAAAUCCGCAACACAUUCCUACACCAGCCGCGACUACUAACGACACGCUCGAUAAGCCGCCCCCGACCAAACACCGUACAAACACACGCACAAUCCCGGCCGACACAACUCAAUGCGGCCGCAUUCACACAGACCCGCCACGCGAGCUACUUCAGCCGCAUGAAACGCGGGUUCCAGGAAGCGUCCAAGGGCAUCUGGCGCAAGAACCCGAUCCUGCUGCCGGUGGCGAUUCUAUCGUUGGCCGGCGCGACCGCCAUCUUCACCUAUAUCGCGUAUGUCGAGUACACGACGGUGGCGCCGCAGUACUCGCGGUUCCCGCCGCCGGUGGAGCAGUCGCUGCGGACGGCGGUGUACUACACGGAGGUGGAUCUGCAGCCGCCGCGGGCGCUGAAGGCGUACAAGGAGGCGCUGCGGAUCGCGGUGGAGAUGGGCAUGCACCCGUUCUCGGACGAGGUGCUCGGCAUCAAGCUGCAGGUGGCGAUGAUGCUGGAGAAGGCCGGGCUGGUGAAGCCGGCGGUGGACGUGCUGGAGCGGACCAAGACGGAGGCGCUGAACUGGAUCGACGAGAGCCGGAAGCAGGCGGCGGUGCGCGAGAAGGAGCGCCGCGCCGCCGCCCAGGACCAGCCGGACACGGUGGCCGUCACGGACCCCGAGAUGCAGGACCUGCAGGAGCAGAUGGCGCAGCGCGCCGAGUGGGAGGACCGGCAGCGCGACAAGGCGCUGAAGAAGGCUGUCGGCAUUGAAAUGAAGCUCGCCGAGCUGUACGCCAGCGACUACAUCCAGGACGAGGGCAAGGCCGAGGCUGCCCAGGUUGCGGCCGUGGAACUGUGCCUGAAGGAGAUGCAGCGGCGCCAGACGGCGGGUCUACCUGUCGGAGGCGGGUCGAAGGACAACGAUGCGUGGCUGAACCUUGGUGAAAUGUGCGCGGCGUUGGCGGAGCUCGCUGAUACGUACCGGGCCCAGGGGAAGUUUGACCUGGCGCUCCCGCUGUACCUGCGCUCUCUGGAUCUCGCCCGGGCGGACGAAGGCGACUGUCCCACGUGCAAGCAGGCUAUCCUCCUCUGCGAUAUCUCGGGGGUGCUGGCCAACCGGACCCACCAGCCCAUCCAGGCUCCGGAGCCGGACAAGGUGCGGGCUCAGAUGCUCGAGUCGGCGGGCCAAUGGGCCCAGAAGGCCAUCGAGGUUGCCGCGAAGAUCGCGCCGCCGGUUAGGGACUGGGAUUGUGACAUUGCCAGCACAGUGGCCACAUAUAACCUGGGCACGUUGGCCGCGGAUAAGAACCAGCGGGAGGAGGCCAAAAAGCUAUUCAACAAAGCCCUGUCUGAUGCGCGGGCGAUUGGCUACGAAGAAGGCAUUGAGGCGGCCGAAGAAUCAUUGCAGAAGUUGAAGGAGAACAAAUAA